UGGUUCCCUCGUCAUCUGCGUGGUGUGACUGUGUGUGUGUGUGGAGUGAGAGAUUGAGAGGUAGAGAGGAAGGGUCGAGGGUUUUAGUUGUUAGUUCAGGAAGAAGAAAACGAUGCCUUGCCUGAACUUGUCCACCAACAUAAGCCUGGAUGGGGUCGACACUUCCUCCAUUCUUUCUGAGGCCACUAAGUCCGUCGCUAAGAUCAUCGGAAAACCAGAGGCCUAUGUGAUGAUCAUCUUGAAGGGAUCAGUACCCAUGUCGUUUGGUGGGACUGAGCAACCAACAGCUUAUGGUGAGCUGGUAUCUAUUGGGGGCCUAAAUCCUGAAGUAAACAAGAAACUGAGUGCUGCAAUUGCGACAAUCCUUGAAACUAAGUUGUCCGUUCCUAAGUCACGAUUUUUCCUCAAAUUCUAUGACACUAAGGGUUCUGACUUUGGAUGGAAUGGAUCCACAUUCUAAAUUCUGUAGAACUUCUGGUGUGUGUUUUCUGAAAUCUUUACAGACUAAAUGACAUUUCUAGAAGCAACUCUAUAGCAAUCCAUUAAUCUGGUAUCAUAAUUGUUGUGGAGAAGCAACAAAUGAUAUUAUGGUAUCUUUUGUAAUGAACACGUCGAGUUGCAGGGAAUUGUAGAACCUAAUAGUGCCAGUAACAUCUUUUAAUUCAUCCUUUUUUUCAUUUUUAA